AUGAAGACACCGUCGGCUCUGCAGGGAGCUAUGCUUCUUUCAGCUACGGCAUUGACGGUCACGGUCGCAGCAGCGAAACCAGACCUCGACAGGUCUGUCUCGUUGCGUGACGACUGGAUGUACUUGACCCGCGAUAUUGCUGACCCAGCCCAAUGGUCACAUGGCGGGGAUCGCUUCCACUACCGCAAGACUGUGGAUGACGGCUUCGCCUUUGUCGAGGUCUUAUCCAGCUCUCUCAGUCGCCGCGACCCCUUUGAUGCUGUCAAGCUUGCCAGCGCCCUGACCGAGGCGACGGGGACUACCUACGAGCCACUGAAGCUACCAUUCCAGACCUUUACCUACGGCUCCGACAACAAUGACAGUACCAUGGUGGUAUCCGUUGGAGGGUCGAGUUGGAGAUGUACCAUUGGGGAAGGGGGAGGGGCAGAAGCGUAUCAGUGCGUCCAACCACCAUCGCAACCUGGAAACCGACCUCGCGGCUUCGGCGUCGUACGGGAUCUGAAGGUACCCGCCAACAACCGUCCACGCACCUCUCCCAACGGCGUUUGGGAAGCAUAUGUUGAGGAAAACAAUGUCGUGCUGCGCGCCGCUGGCAGUACUGGCACACCAACACGUAUUAGCAGCGACGGCACUGCAGAUAACUUUUACGACCCUGAGACAAUUGUUUGGUCUCCUGACUCGACCAAGCUCGUGGCCUACCGUGUCAAACCUGGCUUCGCCCGGGAGGUCGUCCGGGUCGAAGCAGCACCGACGUCACAGAAGCAGCCCAAAGUGCACACUCAGCUAUAUCCUAAGCCGGGUGACGACAUUGACCAGGAACAGCCUGUGCUGUUUCACAUAGACGAUGAGUUUGGGAGUAUUGAAAUUGACGCCGAACUGUUCCCCAUACCGUGGCAGCUCUCGUGGCCCGUCUGGCGUAGGGACAGUUCCGAGUUCGUGUUCGAUUACCAACGGCGUGGCCACUCCCAGGCACGAGUGAUUGCUGUGGAUAGCCAGACCGGCACACCUAGGGCAAUUGUGACGGAGGAGGCGGACACUUUUGUCUAUGCUGACCGUCGCUAUCGUUACGACAUUGACGAUGGGAGCAAAGAGAUGCUCUGGAUUUCGGAGCGCGAUGGCUGGCGCCACCUCUAUCUCGUCAGCACUCCCGAUGGAAAGAUGGAACAAAUCACCCAAGGCGACUGGCUUGUGCGCGAUGUGCUUAGAGUUGAUGAAGAAAAGCGCCUCAUCUGGUUCUCUGCCAACGGUAUCGAUGCAGAUGAGGGCAAGGAUCCGUACUUCAAGCAUGUGUUCCGGGUGGGCUUCAACGGCUCAGAUCUGACCCGCCUGACCAAAGUUGAUGCCUCUCAUGAAGUCGUUUUCUCGCCAGACAUGUCACUUCACGUCGACACAUAUUCCCGCGUUGAUCUUCCCACAAUCUCAGAGCUGCAUAGUGCUAAUGGCUCUCUGAUAGAGACCCUGGAGACUGGAGAUAUCUCUCGACUCUCCGCUGCCGGCUUCAGAGCCCCUGAGGUCUUUGUUGCCAAGGGGCGUGAUAACCUUACCGACAUCUGGGGUCUAAUCGUACGCCCUCACGAUUAUGACCCGAACAAGAAAUACCCCGUCAUCGAGAACAUCUACGCCGGUCCACACGACAGCUUCGUUCCCAAGACAUUCUGGCCCUUUGGUUACCACUCAGGAGGUGACAAGGUUAUCGGCAUGCAGGCGCAGGCCGACCUUGGCUUCAUCGUGGUUCAGAUGGACGGCAUGGGUACAGCCAAUCGCAAUAAAGCCUUCCACGACGUUGCUUGGAAGGACCUCGCCGACUCGGGCUUCCCAGACCGCAUUCUUUGGCAUCGUGCUGUCGCUUCACAGGACCCCAGCUAUUCCCUUGAUGGCGGCGUGGGUAUUUACGGCGCUUCUGCAGGCGGCCAAAGCUCUCUCAAUGCGCUCCUCUUCCAUGGCGACUUUUACCGGUUUGCCGUCGCCUAUGCUGGUUGCUACGACAAUCGAAUGGACAAAAUAAGCUGGAACGAGCAGUGGCUUGGGUGGCCAGUCGACGAGAGUUAUGCUGCAGCGUCGGGCGUCGACCACGCGGGGAAGCUCGAAGGUCAGAUAUUGCUUAUUGGGGGCGAGCAAGAUUCCAACGUAGACCCAGCUUCGACUAUGCAGGUUGUCGAUGCGCUUGUCCGGCAGGAUAAAAGUUUUGAACUGCUUAUUAUUCCCGGGGGUGAACAUACAGUUGGUCGCUCGACGGAGCCAAUUGAUUACGUGCAACGAAGGCAGUUUGACUUUUUCGUCCGCAAGAUGUUAAAUGGGACGUCGUGA